AGAAUUUAACAAAUGCCUUGUCAAAGGAGAAGUAUUUUAAUCGGCAUUUACUCUGGUUAAAUACCAAUAAGAAGUACAAGGAAUCCUUCAAACUCCAAGAAAGUAUGAAGCCCUUCAAAUUCUGCAUCACUAUUCUUGUCCUUCAAUCUCUCUUGACUAUUUCCGCUACAACUGAAGCAGUUCCAGCAAGCUGCCCUGGGGUUUUCAGAGAAUACAUUGGAGCUCUAUACAAGAAUGUCACAUUCUCUGAUGUCCCAAUUAAUCCAAAUGUUGAAUUUCACUUUCUCCUCUCCUUUGCCAUAGACUACACAAACACAGAAUCACCAGAAGCCACUAAUGGUAACUUCCUGGUUUAUUGGGACACUGAUAAUCUAACCCCUUCAAAGGUUUCUUCCAUCAAAGCCCAGCAUAAAAACGUUAAGGUAGGUUUGAGUCUCGGUGGUGACACAGUGCAUGGUAAAAAUGCCACCUUUGCUCCUACUUCAAUUACUUCUUGGGUAAGAAAUGCAAUAUAUUCAGUCACAAAGAUAGUGAAAGAGUAUAACCUGGAUGCAAUAGAUAUAGAUUAUGAGCAUUUCAAUGCAGAUCCAGAUACAUUCGCCGAGUGCAUCGGGCGAUUGUUGUACUAUCUUAAACAAAACAAUGUAGUCUCUUACACAUCAAUAGCACCAUAUGCAGAUGAUACAGUGCAAGAGCACUAUUUAGCACUCUGGACAAAGUACAGUCAUCUAAUAGACUAUGUCAACUUCCAAUUUUAUGCCUAUAAAAAGGGCACAACCAUUACUCAGUUCCUGCAGUACUUUGAAACCCAGAGCUGUAACUAUAAAGGAGGCAAGAUUCUAGUAAGCUUUGGAACUAACAAUAUUGGUGGCUUGUCUCCUAGACAUGGAUUCUAUGAUGCAUGCAGCAUACUAAGGAGUCAAGGAAAACUUCAUGGUAUCUUUAUUUGGUCUGCAGAUGACUCUAAAAAGGAUCAUUUUAUAUAUGAAAAGCUGUCACAGGACCUCUUAGCAAGUUCAAUUUGAAUAUCUUGCAACCAUUUAAGAUAAUCUUUUGUAGGCCAUGACAAAAGAUAGAAUUAAAGCAGAAGAAUGUUAUGUUUUAUCUUGGAGGAUUCUCUAGGGAAUAAAACAUGUUUGAGGUAGCACUCUUACUGCGGUCUUACAAUCAAGAUAUUGAUGCAAAUAAGUUCAAACUUACAGUUAAAACUUAAUCUUCGCAGGAAAACAUUUUUCUUUACUAUAGUUUGUAAACGGAUUAAGACCAAGCAUUUCACCAAAUUGCAUAAGCUGUCAAUUAGACUGACUAUCAGCAUUAUUCAGGUCUAUUCAUUUAUGACCUAUUGUAAUUGUAG